CUCCAGUUGAGUCAGUUAGCUAGAUCGAGGUAACGAGGCUUUACCUGCUGAAGAUAUCGAUUUUUUAAAUAUUAAAUAUAGUGGAAAACUCACAAAAUAUCUUGUGUCCUUAACAACGUUCAUUAAGCAGACAUAUGUGGUCCUGCUAGCAGGGCAACAUGUUUAACAAGUCAUUUGGAACUCCCUUCGGUGGAGGGACUGGGGGUUUUGGGACUACGUCUACCUUUGGACAGCAAAACACAGGCUUCGGAACUACUGGCGGUUUUGGAACUUCUGCAUUUGGGACAACUGGCAACACUGGAGGACUCUUUGGUGCCACACAGAAUAAACCAGGAGGCUUGUUUGGGUCCAGCACCUUCAGCCAGCCGGUGACAUCCUCCACUAGCAGUGGCUUUGGAUUUGGUGCAGCCAGUGGCACCUCCACCAGUUUGUUUGGCAACACCAACACUGGCACAAGUGCCGGACUCUUCUCCCAGCAGAGCAAUGCUUUUGGUUCCAACAAACCAACCUCCUUUGGCACUUUUGGAACAAGUACCAGUAGUGGGGGCCUUUUUGGAUCUACCAACACGACCUCAAACCCAUUUGGUGGGACCUCAGCCUCCCUGUUUGGUGGGUCUGGCUUCUCAGCGACACAGCAGCCAGGUACCACCCUCAAAUUCAAUCCUCCAACCGGAAGUGACACAAUGGUGAAAGGGGGAGUGACUACGAGUAUCAAUACGAAGCAUCAGUGUAUCACGGCCAUGAAGGAGUAUGAAAACAAAUCGGUUGAGGAGCUUAGGUUGGAAGACUACCAGGCAGGCAGGAAGGGCCCAUCAAACCCCAUGGCUGCGGCAACAGGGGGUCUGUUUGGGGCGGCAGCUCCAGCGGCUGCCAGCACAGCCACUGGACUCUUUGGCCCCUCAGCCACCAACACAGGUUUUUCCUUUGGACAAGCCAAGACUACCUUUGGCACAAGCGCAGGUGGUUUUGGUGCAAACACAGGCAGUUUGUUUGGGCAGCAACAGCAGCAGGCUGGUAGCCUCUUCAAGCCGUUUGGUGCAGCCACCACUACCCAAAACAGUGGCUUUUCCUUUGGUAACACCAAUACCAUGGGCCAGGCCAACACCAGCAGCAUGGGUCUCUUUGGUAACACAGCACCCACCCAGGCUACCGGGUUGUUUGGUGCCACGGCGCAGACCAGCACAGCCACAGGGUUUGGGACAGGAACAGGGUUAUUUGGCCAAACUAAUACUGGUUUUGGCAAUGUCGGCACACAGAGCUUAUUUGGUAAUAAGACGGCAGGUUUUGGAGCCACUACCACCAGCGCCUCAUCAUUUGGUACUGGCACUAGUCUCUUUGGCAACAAGCCCGCCCUCACACUGGGUACUGGAACCAACACAUCCUCUUUUGGUUUUGGUUCCAAUCCUACUGGUGGGAGCCUUUUUGGAAAUAAGCCGGCCACUGGAGGGCUAGGGACGGGACUGGGAACUGGCUUCGGAGCAGCUGUUGGUACAGGACAGACACUGUUUGGGAAUACUCAGAACAAACUUGGCACAACUCUCGGAACCAUGGGCACAUUUGGAACCCCAGGAUUUAACAGUGGAACCAGCACUCUGGGUUUUGGAGCACCACAGCAACCUGUUGCUCUGACUGAUCCCAACGUGACAGCAGCCCAGCAAGCCUUGCUUCAGCAGCAUAUCAUCGCUCUGAUCCACUCCCCCUUUGGUGAUUCCCCUCUCUUUAUGAAUCCUCUCUCAGACCCCAAGAAGAAGGAGGAGCGCCUGAAACCGACCAAUCCGGCAGCCCAAAAGGCUCUGACUACACCCACUCACUACAAGGUGACCCCACGACCUGCCGCACGUCUCCGCCCCAAGGCACUCGCAUCCUCUGGCUCAAACAAGACACAGCUGUUUGAUGUGCUCGAUGACGAUGAGCCCAGGCUCACCAAUGGAGCUUUUGUUCCCAGGAAGAACAUCAAGAAGCUGGUGCUUAAAAACCUUAACAACAGCCUGUACAGCAGUCCCAUCAACAGAGAGGCAGAUGAUUGUUGCUCUGCAUCAGAAUAUCCACAUAACGGACACAGUCAUUUGGAGGAGGAAGAGAUGAAGAAGGUUUCAAGGACUGGGGAGCGGGUGGAGGAGGACCCAGAAAUAACCCAGUUCAAUGUGAACCCCAUUGCUAAGUCCAUUCCCCAUGGCAGGGCUCAGGUCAACCUACAGGACACCAUUGCUGACCUCAACGUGGACAAGGCAGCUAGGAACGGCCUGGAGCUUAGCAGUGAGGAGGUGUCGGUGUCCCUGGGAGAUGAGUCGCUGCAGGAGGAAAUGGAGGAGGAACAGCAGUCUCCUCACCCUGCAGGUAUUGUUCUGAGGCGGUCGGGCUAUUACACUAUCCCUUCCAUGGAGGAACUGGCAGAGAUGGUGGAUGAAAAUGGAGUAUGUGUAGUGGAGAACUUCACUGUCGGCAGGAAAGGAUAUGGCUCUGUGUUCUUCCCUGGUGAGGUGAAUCUGACGAGGCUGAACCUUGAUGAGAUUGUUCAUUUCAGACGCAAGGAGGUCAUCAUCUAUCCUGAUGACAAAAACAAGCCUACUGAGGGUGAAGGGCUCAAUAGGAGGGCCGAGGUGACCCUGGAUGGUGUAUGGCCAAAUGACAAGACAACAUGCACUCAGAUCAAGAGCCCCGAGCGUCUAGCUGAGAUGAGCUAUGAAGGCCGUCUGGAAAAUGCUUCACGCAAACAGGGAGCCCGCUUCCUAGAGUACCGGCCAGAGACUGGCUCCUGGGUGUUUGAGGUGGCCCAUUUCUCCAAAUACGGCCUUCAGGAGUCGGAUGAGGAAGAAGAGGUCCCGCCCAAAACUGAUCCCAAGAAGCUGAAGAUGUCAUCGCAGCAGAUUCCUCCCUCCCAGCAGCAUGUGGUGCCACAGGCUCAGUCCAACAAAGCUCUGGAGCGGCCAGGCAGUGUGGCUGAGCUGGAUAGCGACAUGGCAGACAUCACCCAGAACGCCUUGCCAGAGAGAAUGCUGGGAGGAGACGAAGACGGUGAGAGCGGGGGCAUGCCUCAGGAACUAGAUGGGGGCAAUGGUCAGCUUGGCAGCUUGAUCGAGAUGGAGCAAGACCCUAUCUCAGCAUCCAGCCAGAUUGCUUCAUCACUGGGAGUCAAUCCACACACCAUCCAGAUCAUGAAAGCGUCUCUGUUUGCUGAGGAUGAGGAGGACGUCGACAUGUUUCAGGAGCAAGGGGCAAUGAGGAAAUCAGUUGACAUCUCCUCCCCUCUCCAUCUCUUUCCGGGAGCACAGGGCAGGCCCUCUGUUGGUGGUUUCCUCCAAGCUCGUUUCAUGGCCAGCCUCUUCUCUCAGCUCCCUGAUGGUCACGGUCGUGAUGGCAUCCGUCCUAAGAUACCCACUCCUCUGUCCAGAAAUUCCCCUGCUGCGACUGAGCCCCGCAGAUCAUUUGGCUUGAGCGCCAAAGGUUCAGGGCCUCCCUCUUUCCUGCUGCCUCUCCGGGCCCCAGAGCUUUCAGUAAGGAUAGUGGGGGCCAGGCGAUUGGGUGGGCCCGUUUCCCUCAAGGACUCUGUCACUCUGGGAAAGGGUGGUCUACUGAUGGAUGCAGGGCUGUAUGUGGGCCGGUCAUUUCGGGUGGGUUGGGGUCCUGGAUGGACCCUGGCCCACUGUGGGAAACAGCUCAGUGGACCGCCGGCGAAAGAUCAGGACUAUGGAGAAUCCCAGAUGUGCUUCGACUUCCUUCCCAAGCCAGCCAGGAAUAACCAGUUGACAGAGAGCCCCUUUAAGGUGGUGGUUGAGCAGGUGGUGGGUUUGGAGCCUCAAGUGGUUAGCAGCACCAGAAGGGAAGAAGAUAAGGUAGAGGAGAGCCAGAGCCAGGCAGUGCUCCAGCGCCCCAUGGAGAUUUGUCUAAAGCACAGCACGGUCAGCACUUCACAGGGCACCAUCUGUCCCCUGGUUCGGCCACAGGUUGGAGUGGCGGCCCUUCAUGAGUACGCAGAGUGGAUCACUGAGCUCAGGGAGAAACAGGGCGAUGGAGAUGUUGUCCUGUGUUACUGGGCCGAGGUAUGGACCCUGUGUGAAGCCCUCUGGGGCAGGUUGGGCCUCGAUGAUCAGGAGCCUGAUGCUGAGGCCCCUGGACAGUACCAGCAACAACUAGAGAGAAGGCGCACCUUCUCAAACUGGCUGUCCCGUGGCGCCACUCAACGGGUGGAGGAGGAAGUGAACUUGGCCGGGAAAGACGGGCAUGUGGAGGCCAUCUUUAGCUAUCUGACAGGCAGUCACAUAAGUAAGGCCUGCUGCCUUGCUCAAACGCACGGAGACCAUCGUCUGUCCCUCUUGCUGUCCCAGGCAAUGGGCUCUCAGCACUCCAGAGACCUCCUAGCCCUCCAGCUUGCUGACUGGAACCGCAUGCAAACUGACUCUUACUUUUCUGAGGAGCGACUGCGAAUCUUCGCUCUCCUCGCUGGAAAACCGGUAUGGCAGUCAUCUGAGUACAUGGUGAAUGUUUGUUCUGAGUUGGACUGGAAGCGAUGUGUAGCUGUCCACCUGUGGUACAUGUUACCUCCCACAGCCUCUGUGGCUGAUGCCCUUGCCAAGUAUGAAGCUGCCUUCCAGGGCCUAGACGAGAGUGGGAAGUACGCCUGUGCCCCACUGCCCCUUUACGUGGACCAGACUGAAUACCAAGGCUUAGAAGAGGAGGAGGAGGAGGAAGACAAGAAGAAGCGGCCUCUGUAUGACCUCUGCUUCCACUUACUCAAACUCUACAGUGACAGACACUAUAGCCUUCAGCAGCUGCUGGAUCCCCUGACGGUGACCUGGGAGCGUCUUGACUACCGGCUCAGCUGGCACCUGUGGGGGGUGCUGCAAGCCCUCCACUACAGCCACCUGAGUGCCUCAAGGCAGGGCCUACUCCACACCAGCUAUGCUUCCCAGCUGGAGAGUGCAGGCCUCUGGCAUCUGGCCGUCUUCGUCCUGCUGCACAUACCAGAUGACUCACUGCGUGAGCGCGCAGUAAGGGAAAUGUUGCACCUUCACUGCCCCCUGCUGGAGACAGAGGAAUCUGCCCAGAGAGAGCGCUUCCUCAUCGAGAGACUGCUGAUCCCAGAACAGUGGAUCCAUGAAGCCAAGGCCAUGCGUGCCCGCACGGAAGCAGACAAACACCAGGAGGCCCUGCACCUUUACAGGGCCGGCUACUGGAACCGCUGCCACAGGCUAAUCAUCCAGCAUCUAGCCUCAGACUGUAUCAUCAACGACAACCAUGAUUACUUGCUGGAGUUCCUUGAGGGCCUGGCCGUGCCGGAGCGCAGCACAACCAUCCAGGACUGGGACACGGCUGGUAGGGUCUACCUGGAUUACAUCAGAGUCAUAGAGACACUCCAGGACAUACAGCAGAUGGAGAACGCUGGAUAUGAACUGGAGCGCCUCUACACUGACGUGACAUCGCUCUGCAGCCGGAUUGAACUCCUGCCUUGCUCCACUGCCAAAGAUCGCCUGGCCCAAUCAGAGAUGGCCAAGCGAGUGGCCAACAUCAUGCGCGUGGUGUUGAGCCUGCAGCAGGGAGGCGACAGUGGGUCAGACUCCCUCCACAUACCCCUGGCUCAGCUGGCCCCGCACGUCAGCUGCCUGCCCAUGCCUGAGGACUACACGCUAGAGGAGCUGCGUGGCCUGACUCAAAUGUACCUCAGGCAGCUCAUCGUCAGCUAAUGAAUUUGUGGGCGUAAUCUUAAUUUGGGGAAUGUUCUGUUUAAAAUAAAACAACUCUGCUAAACUAUGCGUGGGCAGCUUAUUGUAUGUCAACAAGGCAUAAUGCUAUAGGUUUUCUAGCAUUUUUUUUCCAGGAUGGAAAUAAAGAGGGCUAAUAUUCUCAGUUACGCAUAUCAAACUUUAAUUUGGGUUUAAUCGUUUUGGGUUGCUCAAUAUUUAUGAAACAAUUGAUGUUUAAAUGGCUAUGACAUCUUUUGAUUAAGGAGCAACCAAAUAAAAAGAUAAAAUAAAAAAACUACACGGUGUCUCUUGGCCAAAUGCAUUACAUCACUAUCGGUAUGUUUUACUGCAGCAUCAAGAGAGUUGUGUUGGCCAAACACUCCGCUCACAUGUCCUGAAAAGGACAGGCGACUGAAAAUGAAUGUGGUGGAGGUUAGUGGACUCAGGAGUCUUACCUACAGUACUAUUCAAUUUAUCAAACCGAUUAAAUUUACACAUUUGCUAAAUGGGGAUUAAUUCCAUUGGGCUGUACAUUUGAGAAGGGGACAGACUUCAGCUGUGCUGUGCUAUUUCAAAACUUAAUUUUUCCUGUGUUGAAUGGCUUAUUUAAAUCAUUGCGCUUUGUGUGAGUUUGAUUUUUAUAAGUUUGAGUUUUAAAUUAAAGAAAUACGUUAAGAUCCUCAGAAUGUGUGAGUGCUUUGUACUUCUAUAUAACCAUUGCAGAAUGUGUUUUCAGACAUGUGACUAAUUUGGCAGUUUUGUUUCUUGAAAAUACUCCCCGCUUGUAUGUUGUCAGCCAAAUGGGUAUGGUCGUUUUCUUCUUUUUUUUGGUGUGUGUGUGUGUGUGUGUGUGAGAGAGAUCCCCCCCCCUUUUUUUUUCUUUGUACUUAGACCAUGACACGAGUGUGUUUUUAAUUGUAAGCCGUCAUUUAACAUUUGCCUGUAAUCUAAGGGCUUUGCUUAUUGGCUGGCAUGGACAAAAUGUCUCAGAAUCUAUUCUUUUCUUAUGGAAGGGGGUCAAAACUGUAGCAUUGUUACCAAAAAAGUCAAAUGGCUUAUCAUGUAAUAGCAAAGACAUUUCUUUAACUGCAGCAAGGCGCACACAAUGCAGUUUGUCAAUAUGUGAAUAAAGAAAGGUCUAUGUGGCUAUAAAAGACUCAGUUUAGUAAUCUUGGUCUUGUACAAAGAAAGGCUUAAAUGUAGUUCUUUAAUUUUUUUUUUCUUUGAAUACAGGAGAUGACUCAGAGGAUACAUUGUAAAUUGCAGAAGGGUCUAUUUUUGUAGUUCUUUUUCUAUUUGUUUUGGAUGUAAAUCUGAAUGCAUGCAUCCCCUGACAGAGAAGUACCAGUCUUGCACUGUUGUGAUUUGGAAACUAGAUGUGAGUUUUUUACCGUUAAGCUUUUCAGUGCAAAGUACUAAUGAGUUUUAUUUCAAAAUGGUGCAUCUAUGGUAUGAAAAAUGAAAUUCCUUUACAAAAAUAAUUGGCAUCCAAGUAUAGUCAUUUAGUUAUCAAAUAUUUCAAGACCUCUGCAUGUGCAAAAAUGGGAACAUUUCAGAGGACGCCAUCACCUAUAUUGCUUAAAUAUCCAAACAUGAAAACCAUGUAACUGUUGUUGCUGUUUGCAUUUUGGAAUCAAACCCUUAUUUGCUGAUCAGGAGUGAUUGGUUGUUCGUCCUUUUGUUGUAGAUAAACCAACUGUUAUUAUAAGUAAACUUUCAUUGCAUUUUCCACACUGAUUUUGUCACUGAACAUAACUCCUGUUUGAGAAACAUGGUGUAUCUAUUUAGGCAAGUUAUUGAUUUUGUGUACACGCUCCCACAUUUAUUGAUGAUGCUAAUGAUGUUUUUAAUAAAGUAAACUG